AUGCCUCAGACUCAACCGGACCUUGUGAUACAAGAAGUCCGUCUGAGUGCUAACCAAGCCCAGCCCGACCUUCAAGAUGACAUGCGCGCCUUGCGAGAGGAGAUGGCGGCCAUCCGUAGACAGAGAGAAGCCGAUGCCCGAGAACUUGCUGAGCUUCAUCGGAAAAAUGCCGAGCUCCGAAGCCUAAACCAAACUUACGUGCCGUCAACUCCCACGCUCCAAGAAGAGUCGGCGUAUCACGUCCCGACCGACCACAUGACCCGAACGCCAGUCACGUCCCUAAUAGGCAACAAGGCCGACACCAGUGUUCACUCUCUAAGACACCUUUUCUCGAGAAGGAUCAUGGAAGCAACACUUUUGGACCACUGGAAGAGUAUACCGAUUAAGAAGUACGAUGGGUCAACCGACCCCGAGGAGCACCUGAAUGUUUUCCUAACUCAAGCAACCCUCUCAACUCAAGAUGACUCGACAUUGUGCCGAAUAUUCCCCACGUCGUUGAAGGGAAGGGCAUUGAGCUGGUUUACGAGGUUGCCGAGCUCCUCCAUUGAUUCGUUUAACGAGCUAUCAUCCCAAUUCACCCUGCAAUUUGCAACGAGUAAGUCGUACAGGACAACCUCGCUAGCCUUGGCGGGGGUUCGUCAGGAGAAGAAGGAAAGCCCGAGGAGCUUCAUGGACCGAUUCAACAAGAUCGCCAUGGAAAUAGGCGAUCUGAACCCGGUCGUGGCCCUGGACCGGUUGAUAACUGCUCUUAAGCCGGGGCCAUUUGUGAAUAGCUUAUGUAAGAAACCACCAGUUGACAUGAACGAUCACCGACGCAGGGCCGAGAAGUAUAUGCAAAUGGAAGAGCUUGCGGAGACCCGCAACCAGGCCAGGGCCGAGGAGGCCUAUAACAGGAAGGAACCGGGCAGGGAACCAACGAGAAAGGCCGCGAACGCCGAGCCCUCGAACCCUCGUCCGCCGAGAGGACCGCGCUACACCGCGUACACUCCCCUCAAUGCGAGCAGGGCAAAGGUAUUAGAGCAGGCCCUCGCAUCCGAAGUACUGGUGAUACCCAAGCGGGCGAACACACCACCGAGGGCUGACAAGGCUAAGUCGUGCCGAUUCCAUCGAAACCGGGGCCAUUCGACUGAAGAAUGCUCGGCGCUGAAGGACAAACUUGAGGACCUCAUCAAGCAAGGUCAUCUCGGGAACUUCGUGACACCGCAAGAUCAUCGAACAAGAGGGCGAGAUCAACACCCUCGCGAAACACCAUCGCAGAGAGACCGACGCCACAUGUCUCGAUCAACCAAAAGGAGAGACCACUCCUGA